AUGGUGGAGGAGAUGAUGAGCAUGGAUGUGCUGAGUCGUACGACGAUUCCUGCAACGUUUUUUUCGUACAAGAGAGGACAAAGGAGGCUGUAUCCGAGGUAUGCGCUGCUGAGCAUCAGCAAUGUGGGAAACAGGGAAAGUGCAGGCCGGUAUGUGGGGAAUGGAGUGCUGUGCUACAAGGUAAACAAGCAAGGAGAGGUACGAGCAGUACACGGAGUGAUAACCAGGGUGCAUGGGAUGUCUGGAGCGGUCCGUGCAAGGUUUACAAGGAAUCUUGACUCUCAGGCGCUUGGAACACGGGUGUUUGUGAAGCUUUACAAGGUUGAAGCGGAGGAGAUAUAA